GAUGAUCCAGUUCGACAUGGGAACCUGAUUCCCCAUUCUAAGCUGUAUGGGAAGGAGGUCCUUGGGUCAGAGGUUGCCUCCAUGGAGUGGGCAUGCAGCCAAGGGAGCCUGGAACAUGUGAUCGUUUGUGGCCACUCCAACUGUCAGAUCUUGGAUGUGUUGGGCAAGUCACAGAUUCAGUCAGCACCAAAUUGCAGGUCCUCCCCCUUCCUGUCCUGGCUGACUCAGCAUGGUAACAGCACUCUCACACGGUUUGAGAGGUACGAGAUGGACAGACUUCAACCUAUCACAUUUCAGGGAAUCUCGCCAAAGGAAUUAUGGGAUGCAUAUGUUGACCCUCAGUGCCACUGGACUGACCAGGACCAGUUUUCCCAGGUGAAUGUUUUACAACAGCUGCAGAAUGUGUCUUCACACGGCUUCCUGAAGCCCAGGUUGAAGUCAGGUGCCUUACAGCUACACGGCAUGUGGCUGGACAGCAGACAACAGUUGCCUUACUUGUUUAGCAAAGAACAGCAAAGAUUUGUGCAAAUAACAGAUAACAAUAUAGACUCUCUAUUAUAGUAAUAAUUGGAUUGUACUCAGAAAGCAAAAUGUUCAUCUUUCAUUUUAGAGCUCCACAGUCAUAUCAAAAUGUAAAUAGAGUCCCUAAUACUAAUCCUUCUCCCCAAGAGCUCUUGCAGCAUUCUCCAGAAUUCUUCUCUUCCACUCCUCAUAGUCUUCCUCUUCAUCAUCUGAGUCACACAGACGGGCAACCUUUGUAGAUGAGCUGUCCCUGCCAUCUAGUAAAACACAAAUG